AUGUGUGCCAGUACAAAAAAUCGUACAGAUCCGAAGAAUGAAGAGAACAGUCUUUUCACAGGCACUAAGGAACUCUUCCCGGGUUUCCCUUUCCAGAAUGGGGCUUCAGCUGUGUCCAUUGAGCUGGAGAGACCGGUGUCCCAGCACUGCCAUGGUCCCUGUUCAUCCUCCGAUCAUCAGAAGCUACAUGCUCGGAAGAAGUUGUAUUUUGCCUGUGUGGUGUGUUUUAUCUUCAUGAUCGGAGAGGUUGCAGGGGGGUACAUUGCCCAUAGCCUGGCUAUUAUGACGGAUGCAGCCCAUCUCCUCACUGACCUGGGCAGUAUGUGCGUCAGCAUCUUCUCCUUGUGGAUAUCUUGCCGACCACCAACUAAGGACAUGACGUUCGGAUGGCACCGCUCAGAAAUCCUGGGGGCACUGGCUUCCAUCUUCUCAAUCUGGAUUGUCACUGGGAUUCUACUGUACCUGGCCACUGCACGGAUCAUCAAUAACGACUAUGACAUUGAUGGACACGUCAUGCUCAUUACAUCUGGCUGUGCUGUCAUUGUCAACAUCAUUAUGGCCUACAUUCUUCAUCAGUCCACCAGCUUCCAUGGGCACAGCCAUGGCUCAGGAUAUGAGAAGAUCGGGGGUAGUCAGAGCAGCGGGCUGUCUAUACACCUAGGUCACCACCACGGAAACACAAGUGUCCGAGCAGCAUUCAUUCAUGUGAUUGGAGACCUUCUACAGAGCAUUGGCGUGAUGGUGGCAGCCAUCAUUAUUUACUUUAAACCACAGUACAAGAUUGCUGAUCCUGUCUGCACCUUCCUAUUCUCCAUCUUUGUACUGGGAACAACGGCCACUAUUUUACGAGAUGUGUUUUGGGUUUUGAUGGAAGGUAAGCCCCGAAGUAUCGCUUAUGGCACAGUGAAGGAAGUCCUUAUGUCAGUUCAGGGGGUCCGAUCUGUACACAGUCUACGGCUUUGGGCUCUCACCCUCAGUCAGAAUGUGGUUUCUGUACAUCUGGCAGUCGAUGAGACUUGUGAGCCCGACAUUGUUCUUCAAGAGGCCACAGAUCUUCUUCACACCAAAUUUGAGUUCUUUGUUAGCACAAUCCGUGAGAGAUACGUGGAAGACAUGGCUGUGUGCCCACAGUGCCAAGACCCAACUGGAUGA